AUGGGGAUUGAUGCAGGGUCACCGCGGGGUCCGGUUACGUGUGGGUCGUGGAUUCGGAGGCCAGAGAAUUUGAAUUUGGUGGUGUUAGGAAGGUCCAGACGUGGCAAUUCUUGUCCCGCUCUCAUCGAGAUUUUCUCUUUCGAUCCUAAGACCACUUCUUUGUCGACUUCUCCUCUGACCACCUAUGUGUUAGAAGCAGAAGAAGGUGAUCCUGAUGCUAUUGCGGUUCACCCUAGCGGGGAUGAUUUUGUGUGUUCCUUCAGCAAUGGUAGUUGCAAAUUGUUUGAGCUGUAUGGUCGUGAAAUAAACAUGAAGUUGUUGGCUAAGGAACUCACUCCUCUACAGGGUAUUGGUCCCCAGAAAUGCAUUAGUUUUAGUGUUGAUGGGUCUAAAUUUGCUGCUGGUGGGUUGGAUGGACAUCUCAGAAUUAUGGAGUGGCCUGUUAUGAGCUUGAUUUUGGAUGAACCAAGAGCACACAAAUCGUUCCGGGAUAUGGAUUUUAGUCUAGACUCAGAAUUUCUAGCUUCGACUUCUACUGAUGGGCCAGCAAGAAUCUGGAAGAUUGAAGAUGGUGUUCCUUUGACUACUUUGUCUCGCCACUCGGAUGAAAAGAUUGAACUGUGUCGAUUUUCCAAGGAUGGAACCAAACCAUUUCUAUUUUGCACUGUUCAAAAAGGUGAUACAUCAGUCACUGCAGUUUAUGAUAUUAGCACGUGGAAUAAAAUUGGGCACAAGAGGCUCAUUAAAAAGUCUGCUUCAGUAAUGUCCAUUAGCCAAGAUGGGAAAUACCUUUCUCUGGGCAGUAAAGAUGGAGACUUAUGUGUAGUUGAAGUAAAGAAAAUGCAGAUAUACCAUUAUAGCAGAAGACUGCAUCUUGGUACAAAUAUUUCAUCACUUGAGUUCUGCCCCGGGGAAAGGGUUGUGCUGACAACCUCAGUAGAAUGGGGAGCGCUAGUCACUAAGCUGACUGUACCUAAAGAUUGGAAAGAGUGGCAGAUCUAUUUGGUGCUUUUGGGACUAUUUUUAGCAUCAGCUGUUGCAUUUUACAUAUUCUUUGAGAACUCUGAUUCAUUUUGGAACUUCCCCAUGGGCAAAGACCAACCAGCAAGACCAAGGUUUAAAGCUGUGUUAAGAGAUCCCCAGUCUUAUGAUGAUCAAAAUGUUUGGGGACCACUUGAUAUGUGA